CAAGUGCACCUUCUGUAUGCUAUGGAUUAUUUUAAUAAGAAUAUUAGUCCUAUGUUAAUGAUCUUAAAAGCUUUGCAAGUAUUAUCUGGCCGUUGCUAUAUAAGCAGUAACGGCAUACAGUUCAAUAAGUUGGUGUAAAAUGAUUCUCCCAAAAGGUCUAGUAUUUUUCUCUUAUUUGUUAGUUUUAUCUUGUGCAUCUUUCAAAGGUCCUUCAGGAGUACCAUGGGCAAGUUUUGCUUCAAAACCUGUUUAUACAAGAGCUCUUGGACCACCAGUAUCAGGAAUAGACACUAUAGCAGUACCUUACAUGCCAAAGUCACCGUUCUUCCCAAAAUUCGUCGAUCCUAAAAUGAUGAUCUCAAAGAAGACAGAUAUGCUGAGUAAUUUAUUUGGUGGCUUGGGGCCUGCUUAUCCUACGGGUUUCAAACCACUUAUACCAUAUGCAGCAAGUGGGUCAACUUUGUACAGUACUACCGAUGGAACGUCUUUACUAAGUAAAAAUAAUGUGGAUGAUGGAGCUAGCCCAUAUAAACGUGGAAUUUUUGGACCCUUUGGUUCCAAACCUUUUGGUCCUAUGAGUCCUAAAUUUGGACCUAUGUCUCCAUUUUCAAGCUUGAAUGUCAUACCUGAUUACAGCACAAAAGAUGAAUUUUCCAGAAAAAAAAGAAGUGUAGACGAAUCUGCUAUGGCAGAACUUCGAUCAAUUAUGGAUACCGCUAAGCCAGAAACAAAAGAUUUAGGACCUCCACCUCCUUAUCCCACUCUUGCGCCGAUUUCUGAGGAACCAGAAGAAGAUGUGAGUGUAUUACUCAAAAAAGUAGAAGGUCCAACAGCUCCAAAACAAUAUUUACCAGGAAUGUUUGGACCAUAUGCACCUUUUGGACCUUUUGGACCUGUGGGACCUGUAGUGGAUCCAUCUAUGUUCGUAGCAAAAAAAACUACUUUCUUGGAUACUCUAUUUAAAAAUAUUGCUACUUCUACUCCAUCACCAAGUUCGACUGAAAUUCCAACAGCAAAAAGUACUAUUGUACCACCUAAUUUUUGGUUACCAUCAUCAGUAAUCCCUAGCCCAACGGAGUAUAAUGAUAAAGUAUCUGAAUUCCUGGACAAAUUGUUUGACACUUUAAAAUUAAAUAAAACUACAGCAACUAGUGAUGAUGAUAGCGUCAAUCUUAAAAACGACUUGGUAAGAUCUAUAGUAUCUGAUGGAAGUAAUACAGAAGUAAAAAUAGCACGAUCCGUUGAUGACUUUUCAUCGAUCAAUUCUGCUAAAGAUUUAAUUGUUAGUAGCAUAUUAUCCGAAUUAGGUGACUUAAAAGGUAACAUGGUGACAACAAUGAACGAUUUGAUUUCUUACGAAAAGUCUACGCUAUCACCAAAGAAACCAUUUAAACCUUUUGGUCCUGGUCCAUGGGCAAAACCAACUGCCGAUGGAAUGUUUCCUUUCCAGCAAAAGAUGGCUGUUUUGAGUCAAGUAUUUGACAUGUUAACUGAUUUACAAAAAAAUAUUACUUUAGCAGUUCAAGACAUAAUAAAAGCGAAAAUAGCAUCCACAAAUGCUCCUGGAGAAGCAGUUAAUGCCAAUUAUCCAUUAACUAACGACAUUCUCUCUUCUACUGGUGGUUUGCCGAUUAAUAUGAGUCUACUGGAUGCUAUUAAACAUAAAUUAGAUACAUUAGAUUAUGGGGUGCCUCCUUCAUACAAUCCAAGUUAUAAUAAAUUUGGAUUACAAGCGGCUCGAUCACUACCAAAAAAUCCUGCUUCAUUUUUUGUCUCUUAUCCUGAAGAUGCAACAAGUAUAAAAAGAGAAGUUGAUAGUGAUGUUGAUAUUUUUACAAACGAACAAAGUAAUCCUAAUCGAAAACAAGCACGUUCGGUUAAGAUGCAAAUGCACCAGGGAUAUCAGAGUUUGCCAGCUGGUUCCGUAGAAUCUGUACAGGCAGGCGGAGGAUCUACACCUGGACAUCAAGGCGGAGGGAUCAAGUUACUUAUACAAAUGCCUGUAUUACCUAAUAUGCAGGUGCCUGUCUUUCAAAAUAAUAAUUACCAAAACUAGGAUGCCAAUGAUUAUGAGGAUUAUUAUAAAUGGGCCAACUGGAUGGAAUACCUGAGAAAUGACAAUAGAGGACACAGGCAUCACAAUCAUCAUUAGACUACUGACUUAGCAGGAAUAUUUCUAUCACCUGUAAUUACAAAUUCUUUAUCUUUCAAUUGAUCAUUUUUUUGCAUAUUAUAUAUAACGUGUACGUUUCAUGAUACUUUUCAAUAAAGCAUAUUUUGCAAAAUA